AUGACGCCCGGAGCGCUGCUGUCGCUCCCAGGGUUAGGGCUGCUGCUGCUGGUGGUGGCAGCGGCUGCUGAGGCGCCUCCAGGGGAGUCUGUACUCCCCGCCUCCGGAGAUGCCACCCUGGCUUUCGUCUUCGAUGUCACUGGCUCCAUGUGGGAUGACCUGAGGCAGGUGGUCGAGGGCGCCUCCAGGAUCCUGGAGCGAAGCCUCAGCGGGCGAAGCAAAGCCAUCGCCAACUACGCGCUGGUGCCCUUCCAUGACCCAGAUAUAGGACCAGUGACCCUCACAUCGGAUCCUGCCGUGUUCCAGAGAGAAUUGAGAGAACUCUAUGUACAGGGUGGAGGCGAUUGCCCAGAGAUGAGUGUUGGUGCCAUCAAGGCAGCAGUGGAGAUCUCCAAUCCCAGCUCUUUCAUCUAUGUAUUUUCGGAUGCCCGGGCCAAGGAUUACCACCGGAAGCCAGAGCUACUGCGACUUCUCCAACUCAAACAGUCUCAGGUGGUCUUUGUGCUGACAGGUGACUGUGGUGAUCGCACUCAUCCAGGAUAUCUGGCAUUUGAAGAGAUUGCUGCCACCAGUUCUGGGCAAGUGUUCCACUUGGAUAAGCAGCAAGUGAAUGAGGUCCUGAAGUGGGUGGAGGAGGCUAUCCAGGUCUCUAAGGUUCACCUGCUCUCCACGGAUCAUGAGAAUGAAGGAGAACGCACCUGGAAGAUCCCAAUUGAUCACAGUCUGAAAGAGGUCACCAUCUCCCUGAGUGGUCCUGGCCCAGAGAUUGAAGUGAGGGACCCAUUGGGGAGGAUUCUUCAGAAGGAAGAAGGACUGAACAUGCUUCUUAACAUCCCAGACUCUGCCAAGGUGGUAGCUUUUAAGCCUCAGCACCCUGGCCUUUGGUCAAUCAAGGUCUAUAGCAGUGGCCGCCACUCGGUGAGGAUCACAGGCGUCAGCAACAUCAAUUUCCGAACUGGCUUCACCACCCAGCCCUCCCUGGACCUCAACCAUACCAUUGAGUGGCCCUUGCAAGGGGUCCCAAUAUCCCUAGUGAUCAACUCCACAGGUCUGCUGGCCCCAGGGCACCUAGACUCAGUAGAACUUUCCCGCAGCUCUGGCCAGCCCCUGCUGACCCUGCCUACUUGGCCCUUAUCCAAUACCUCCUCUCACCAAUUGUGGGUGGGACCUCCCUUUCAAGUGCCCAAGGAACAUUUUUACCUCAAGGUGAAGGGCGAAGAUCAUGAAGGCAAUCCUCUGCAGCGCAUCUCUAAUGUAGCCUACAAUGGAGUGGCUCCAGGUUCUCCAUUGGUGACCAUGCCCAGCAAGAUCCAUGGGUAUCUCUGGCAGCCGCUGCUCAUCUCAUGCUCCAUCCACAGCUCACUCCCUUUUCGGCUCCAGCUGAGACGAAACGGAGUGAAGCUAGGCGAGGAGAGGCAUUUCCAGGAGUCAGGAAACAGCAGCUGGGAGAUCCCUCGAGCGUCCAAAUCAGAGGAAGGCACGUAUGAGUGCACAGCCGUGAGCCGAGCAGGGAUAGGAAGGGCAAAAACCCAGCUUGUGGUCACAGAUCCCCCACCCCAGGUGGCUCCUCCGAAGAAUGUCACUGUGUCUCCAGGAGAGACAGCCCUCUUGUCAUGCCAUGUUCUGGACAAGACUCCCUACAACUUGACCUGGAUCCGUGAUUGGAGGGCCCUGCCAGCCUCAUCAGGACGGGUGGUACAGCUAGCUAACCUGUCCCUGGAGAUCAGUGGCAUCAUUCCCAGCGAUGGUGGGAGGUACCAGUGCCUGGCCAGCAAUGCCAAUGGGAUGGCAAAGGCAUCAGUCUGGCUCCUUGUUAGAGAGCCUCCUCAGAUAAGCAUCAACACAGAAUCCCGGCACUUUUCCCAGGGUGUUGAGGUGAGGAUCAACUGCUCUGCUUCUGGGUACCCUCCACCCCAUAUCUCCUGGAGACACCAGGACCAGACAAUAGUGAAGGAUGGAAGGUUCUUUGUGGAUGACCACGGUACUCUGAUCAUUCAGAGUGUGGCCCCAGAGGAUGCUGGGAAUUACAGCUGCCAGGCUACCAAUGAGGUUGGCAUGGAUGAGCAGACAGUCACACUCUUCUACACAGAACCCCCAUCUGUCUCUGCCCUGAGGCGUGUGGUACGGGCUUCAGUUGGGGAGGAGGCAGUGCUGGAGUGCAAGGCGUCUGGGGUCCCUCCACCCCGAGUCAUCUGGUACAGAGGAGGCCUAGAAAUGAUCCUGGCUCCAGAGGUGGCCCACACUGGAAUUCUGAGGAUCCAAGAAGUCCAGGAGAGGGAUGCAGGGAACUAUAUGUGCAAGGCAGUGAAUGAGCUGGGGGCAGCAUCAGCUGACAUCAAGCUGGAGGUUGGAUAUGCUCCUCGACUGGUAGAGUUACCUCGGAACAUGGUGGUGGAGAUGGGGAAGAACGCCAUCUUAGCGUGCCGAGCAGAGGGGCACCCUGGCCUGAGAAUCACCUGGGCCCGGGCAGAUGGAAAACCAGUGCCAGCCCACUUUGUGCAGAGAGGUCGGGUCAGACAACAAGAGGCAGGAGUGCUGUUCCUGGAGAAUGUGACCCCAGAACACCAGGGACUGUACAUCUGUGAAGCUCACAAUGCUUUUGGCAAGGUCCAGGCAGAAGUCCAGCUCACAGUCAUUGGACAUGAGCCCCCUCAGAUUGCUAGCAGUGCCCCCAUGGUGCGAGUCCUGGAGGGGCAACCCGUGUCCCUGCCCUGCGUCAUCCUGGCUGGAAAGCCUUUUCCUCAGCGGCACUGGCUGAAGGAUGGCCAGGCACCACAGCUGGAUGGUCGCUAUUCCAUCCGAAGUGAUGGCAGCUUCCACAUUGACCGGGCCUUGCAAGAGGAUGUGGGGAGGUACAGCUGUGUGGUCACAAAUACAGUGGGUUCUCAGCGCCAGGACAUUGAGCUGGCUGUCCAAGUGUCGCCCAGCAUCCAGCCAGCUGCUUCCCACUACGUCACCAGUGAGGGUGUUCCCAUCUCUCUUCCCUGUGUCUCAAGGGGAGUUCCCCCUCCCACCAUCACCUGGAGGAAGGAAACAAAUGCCUUGUCUUCUCGGGGUUCCCAUUACCAAGUGCUCAAGGAAGGCAGCCUGUACAUCCCUCAGCCAACUGCCCAAGAUUCAGGGACCUAUGUCUGCACUGCUACCAACUCAUUGGGCAUUUCCAGCCAGGAGAUCCAGCUCUCUGUGAACACCAAACCUAGGAUCAUCAGGAAUGAGUCACUUGAUUCAGACAGACCACUGACAGUCACUGCCAUGGCCGGGAAGGAGUUGACCCUCCAAUGUGAAGCCCAAGGUUCCCCAACCCCAUUGGUCACUUGGACAAAGGACUCCCAACUCCUGCCACCCAUCACAGACAGGCACAGCCUUCUCCCCUCAGGCUCUCUGCAACUGGCAGAAACAAAUGUAGAGGACAAUGGCCUGUACACCUGCACAGCCUCCAACCCAGCAGGCACUGCUUCCCAGAGCUAUGUCCUUGAGGUGCAAGUCCCUCCUCAGAUCCAGCCGGGUCCCCCACUGAUGAAGGUGCUAGCAGGCGAGAGCCUGGACUUGACCUGUGUAGCCACGGGAGACCCAGAGCCUCAGCUACGCUGGUCCAAAGAUGGAGUCACUUUGCCGGGGAAGGACUCGGUUGGCCCUGCUGGCUUGAUCCAUUUCGAAUCGGUGCAGGUCUCAGAUGCUGGAAUCUACCACUGUGUGGCCUCAAAUGGGGCUGGAGAGGAUGCUCGGGAGCUGGAGCUGGAGGUGCUGGAACCACCACGCUUGGAAGCCAAGGGUACUGAAACCUUGCUGGAGAGAGUGGCCGGAGAGAAUGCCAGCCUUCCCUGCCCGGUGACAGGGACUCCAAAACCCCAAGUGAUCUGGCGGAAGGGUCCAGCCCCAGAGCCCCUGAACAGCCGUCCAGGCUUGUCGAUAUUAAAUGAGAGUUCUCUAUUCAUUGCUUCGGUCUCAUCCCAUGACAGUGGAGACUAUGAGUGCCAGGCCACCAAUGAGGUGGGCUUAGCAUCAAGGAAAGUCAAGUUGGUGGUUUAUGUGCCCCCUCACAUCCGGGAAGAGGAACAGAGAGUCAAUGUGUCCACCAUGGCUGGCAAGCCCCUGACUCUGGACUGUGAUGUGAGCGGCUUCCCUGCCCCUACUAUCACCUGGUACAAAGAUGGUCAGCCAGCUUCCGAGGACAGCAGACAUCACUUCCCAGAUGGCGCUCAGUCCCUCCACUUCCCCCAAAUCCGAAAGAGUGACUCAGGCCUCUACACCUGCCAAGCCGUGAACCGAGCCGGAGUGGCUCAGAAGGAUGUUAAUCUCCUUGUGCUGAUCCCUCCUUCGGUACACGGAGCAGGGACAGCUCAGGAGAUGUCGAGUCUGGCUGGCUUGGAUGUGGAGCUGCAGUGCCGCACUUCAGGGGUGCCCCUGCCCCAGGUGGAAUGGACCAAGGAUGGGCAGCCUGUACCCCCAGGCAACCCUCGUAUUCAGCUCUUAGAGGAUGGGCAAGUUCUCAGGAUCCCCAAAAGCCACCUGGGGGAUGAGGGUCAUUAUCAGUGUGUGGCCUUCAGCCCAGCUGGCCAGCAGGCCAAGGAUUUCCAGCUCAGCAUUCAUACACCCCCUACCAUCUGGGGCUCCAAUGAGACAGGCGAGGUGGCCGUCAUGGAAGACCAUGUGGUCCGCCUUCAGUGUGAUGCCCGUGGUGUCCCCACCCCUACCAUCACCUGGUUCAAAGAUGGGGACCCCCUCCAUGCCGGUACCCAGGUGGCUUAUGCCAAAGGGGGGCGGCACUUACAGCUGGGGAAGGCCCAGGUCUCAGACUCUGGGCUGUACACCUGCCAGGCCAGCAAUGCAGCAGGAAUAGCUGAGAAAGCUGUGAGGCUGGAUGUCUAUGUUCCACCCACCAUCAAGGGUGCUGAUGGAGGCCCACUGGUGGUAAAGGCAGUGGCUGGGAGGCCCCUGGCCCUGGGGUGUUCAGCGAGUGGCCAUCCACCACCCACCCUCACGUGGCACCAGGAUGGGAACCCAUUGACAGAGAACAACGGGACAUGGCUUCAGGAGGGGGGACGAGUGCUGAGGCUGGAGAGCGUGACAGAGGCAGCUUCAGGGCAUUAUAGCUGUUUGGCCAACAGCCCUGCUGGGGAGACAGUGCUCCAUUACCUGGUGGAGGUGCAAGUGCCCCCUCAGCUGCUGGUAGGAGAAGGCUCAGGACAGGUGACUACUGUCAAAGGACACUCCUUGGAGCUUCCCUGUCAGGCCACAGGCUCCCCGACUCCGACUGUACAAUGGCUGCGGAGCGGCCGGCCUGCUGGGGAGUUUGCUGGUGUGGGCUUAUCCACAGAUGGGGCCACGCUACGGAUUGACCACGUGGAGCCACAUCACAAUGGGCUCUUUGCCUGCCAGGCCACCAACGAGGCUGGCACUGCUGGGGCCGAGGUGGAGGUGUUGGUGCAUGAGCAACCAUCAGUUACCAUCCUUGAGGGUGAGAACCUCACAGCCCCAUUCCUUCAGUCAGUGACAAUCCAGUGUGUGGCAGCUGGGAUGCCCAUGCCAAGCCUCAGCUGGUGGAAGAACGGGGUUUCUCUGGUGACCACAGGGGGCAGCUUGCAGAUUGAGAAGGUAGAUCUGAGGGAUGAAGGCAUCUAUACCUGCAUGGCUACCAACCUGGCUGGAGAGGCCAAGAGGGAUGUGGUGCUGAAGGUGUUGGUGCCCCCCAACAUUGAACCGGGCCUAGUGAAUAAGGCUGUGCUGGAGAACACCUCAGCAUCCUUGGAAUGCCUGGCAUCAGGAGUCCCUACUCCCAGAAUAUCAUGGUAUAGGGGCCGCCAGCCUAUCUCUCCUAAGCCUGGUGUGAUGGUGUCGGCUGAUGGGAGGGUUCUCCGGAUCAAGCGUGCCCAGCUGUCAGAUGCAGGAAGUUACCGGUGUGUGGCAUCUAAUGUGGCUGGCAGCAGUGAGCUGAAAUUUGGCCUUCGGGUUAAUGUUCCUCCUCGAAUCAUGUUGGCUCCCAGUCUCCAAGGUCCUGUGCUCUUGAAUGAGCCAGUGAGGCUGAUGUGUAAUGCCACUGGAGCCCCCAAGCCCACACUGAUGUGGCUGAAAGAUGGCAACCCUGUGUCAGCCACAGGGACCUCUGGCCUCCAGAUCUUCCCUGGAGGCCACGUCCUCACCCUGGCAAGCUCCAGGGCCACAGAUUCAGGGACAUACUCCUGUGUGGCAGUGAAUGCUGUCGGGGAGGACCGGAGGGAUGUCACCCUGCAGGUCCACUUGCCUCCAAGCAUCCUGGGAGAAGAGCAGAAUGUGUCUGUUGUGGUUAACCAGUCAGUAACCCUGGAGUGCCAGAGCCAGGCUGUGCCCCCUCCUGUGCUGAGUUGGAGGAAGGAUGGAAAACCCUUUGAGCCCAGGCCAGGAGUCCACGUCUCUCCAGAUGGGGCCCUCCUGCAGGUGGAACGAGCUGAGGUUCAGGACGUGGGCCGCUAUACCUGUGAGGCCCUGAACAAGGCUGGCCGCUCUGAGAAACACUACAACCUCAAUGUCUGGGUUCCCCCAGAAUUCUCUUCGUGGGAGCCCCGGACCCUGGCAGUGACUGAGGGUCAUCCUAUCAGCCUGUCCUGUGAAUGCUGGGGAAUCCCCUUCCCCAAAAUCACCUGGAAGAAAGAUGGGAUACUCCUGCCCACUGAUGGGGACAGCACAGAACCCAUCUCAGCUGUGGGGAGGCUGCUGUACCUGGGAAAAGUCCAGCCUUCUCAGGAGGGCAACUAUACCUGUGAGUGCAGCAACAUAGCUGGGAACAGCAGCCAGGAACAGCAAUUAGUGGUGUAUGUUGCUCCAAAGAUCCCAGGCAGCGGCGACCUCCUUAAGGAGGUGUCUGUGAUCCAGUCUGGAGAGGUUACCCUGGAAUGUGAAGCCACAGGGAAGCCAUCACCAGUCGUGACAUGGGAGAAGAAUGGCCAGCCUGUGGCCAGUGAACGCGGCUUGCUCCUUCAGAGCUGGGGGAGAGCCCUGAAAGUGGAGUGGGCACAGGCUGGUCAUGCUGGACGCUACACCUGCAUAGCUGAGAAUGAGGCUGGGAGGGCAGAGCGGAGGUUUGACCUCUCAGUGCUAGUCCCCCCGGAGCUCACUGGGGACACUGACCCACUGACCAACGUCACAGCAGUCCUGCACAGUACCCUGACUCUGCUCUGUGAGGCCUCAGGCAGCCCGUCCCCAGUGGUCCGCUGGUUCCGUGGGGAAGAACUCAUCAGUCCUGGGGAGGACACUUACUUCCUGGCAGGUGGCCGGAUUCUGAAGCUGACCCAAGUGCAGGAGGAAGAUGGCGGUCUUUAUUUGUGCCUUGCAAGUAAUAUGGUUGGAGAAGCAAGAAAGAAUUUCAGUGUAGAGAUCUUGGUUCCUCCCAGAAUUGAGAGUGAGGACCCAGAGGAAGAAGUGAAAGUCCCUGAAGGGCAGUCUGCCUUCUUAACUUGUAAUGCCACAGGUCAUCCCCAGCCAACAGUCACAUGGUACAAAGAUGGCCAGGCUCUCUCUGGAGGAGACCCCUAUCACAUAUCCCCAGAUGGUUCUUUGCUAGAGAUACUCCAGGCCAACCUUUCUAACUCUGGCCACUACUCUUGCAUUGCAUCGAACUCAGUCUCAGAGAAGACCAAGCACUACAAGCUUAGUGUUCUGGUGGUCCCCACCAUUUUGGGAGUGACUGAGGACAGUCCAGAUGAAGAAGUGACAGUGACUAUCAACAACCCCAUCUCCCUGAUCUGCGAGGCCCUUGCAUUCCCUUCCCCUACUAUUACCUGGAUGAAGGAUGGGGCUCCAUUUCAAGCCUCAGGAAAUACCCAGCUGCUCCCAGGCACCCAUGGAUUGCAGAUCCUCAAUGCCCAGGAGCAGGAUGCUGGCCGGUACACCUGCAUGGUCACUAAUGAAGUCGGGGAGGCUGUGAAGAACUACCAUGUAGAAGUGCUCAUUCCUCCGUCUAUUUCCAAGGACGAUCCCUUGGAUGAAUUCAGUGUUAAAGAGGUGAAGGCCAAGGUCAACAGCACCCUGAGCUUGGAGUGUGAAUCCUGGGCUAUGCCCCCUCCGACCAUCACCUGGUACAAGGAUGGACAGCUGGUGAGCUCUGAUGAUCGCCUUCAUCUUCUGGCCAAUGGGCGGCUGCUCCAGAUCAAUCCAACCAGGGCCUGGGAUUCAGGGCGCUACCUCUGUGUGGCCACCAAUGUGGCUGGCGAGGAUGACAAAGACUUCAAUGUGCUUAUCCAAGUGCCCCCCAUAUUUCAGAAGAUGGUAGAUCCCAAUGAGGCCUCAGAGGCUCGACACCAGGAGGAGGAGCUGAGGGGAGGUGUGAUGGAGUACCGAGAGAUUGUGGAGAACAAUCCCGCCUACCUGUACUGUGACACCAAUGCUGUCCCACCCCCACAGCUCACCUGGUAUAAGGAUGAUCAGCCCCUCUCAGCCGCUGAGGGUGUAUCUGUAUUACAAGGUGGUCGGGUCCUGCAGAUCCCCAUGGUUCGAGCAGAGGAUACUGGGAGGUAUACGUGCAAAGCCUCCAAUGAAGCUGGAGAGGAUUGGCUUCAUUAUGAGCUUGUGGUUCUAACACCACCUGUGAUCCAGGGGGAUCCUGAAGAGUUGGUGGAGGAAGUGACGGUGAAUGCCAAUAGCACAGUCAGCCUGCAGUGCCAGGCCCUGGGCACCCCACCACCGGUUAUCUCAUGGCUCCGGAAUGGGCUGCCCUUCACCCCUAGCUCAAAGCACCACGCCCUGGAGGAUGGGCAAGUCUUGCAGGUCUCCGUUGCCAAUGUGAGUGAUUCUGCCAGCUAUAUGUGUGUGGCAGAGAAUUCAGCAGGCUCAGCUGAGAAGCUUUUCACUCUUAAGGUUCAAGCUCCUCCCAAGAUCACUGGCCUGAACCCAGAGCGCAUCACAGCCAUUGUGAAUAGCAGCGUGUCCCUUCCCUGUGACGUCCACUCUCACCCUAGCCCCGAGGUGACGUGGUACAAGGACGGCUGGGCCCUCCCUUUCAGUGAAGAAGUCUUCCUCCUGCCUGGUACCCAUACCCUGCAGCUGCCCCGGCCCCAGCCAUCUGACACAGGCACGUAUACCUGCGAAGCCCUCAAUGUGGCCGGCAGAGACCAGAAGCUAGUGCUGCUCAGUGUAUUUGCCCCACCCACCAUCAAGCAAACCUCAGGUGGACAGCCGGACACAACAGUGGUGCGAGUUGGGGACACAGCUGUCCUACAGUGUGAGUCAGACACUCUGCCUGAGCCAGUGAUAACCUGGUAUAAAAAUGGACAACAGAUAACUCUGGACCUGCAGAUCCGAACUCUGUUGGAUGGACAGAAACUGGAGAUUAUGAAUGUCCAGAUAGCAGAUAAAGGUUUGUACAGCUGUAAGGUCAGCAACAUAGUUGGUGAGGCUGUCCGGACCUUUGUCCUCACUGUCCAAGUGCCCCCAAUCUUUGAGAAUCCUGAAACAGAGACCCUAAGCCAGGUGGCUGGAAAACCCCUGGUCCUGGUGUGUGAUGUGACUGGGGUCCCUGCCCCCACCGUCACCUGGUUAAAGGACAGGAUGCCUGUUGAAAGCAGUGUGGAGAGAGGAGUGGUCUCCAGAGGGGGCCGUCUGCAGCUCAGCCGUCUCCAACCUUCUCAGGAGGGCGUCUACACCUGUGUGGCCGAGAACCCUGAGGCUGAAGCCCGCAAAGAUUUUGUGGUCAUGGUGUUAGUGACCCCCAGGAUCCUGAGCUCUGGGGUUCCCCAGGAGCAUAAUGUCCUAGAAGAUCAGGAGGUGAGGCUGGAGUGUGAGGCAGAAGGGCAACCGCAGCCCGACAUCUCAUGGCUGAAGGACGGGAGGCCCCUGGGAUUUCACACCACUCCCCACCUUCGGUUCUAUACAGAUGGCAGCUCCCUGGUCCUGAAGGGCUUGAAGGCUUCUGACUCUGGGGCAUACACCUGCCUAGCUCAGAAUAGCGCUGGAGAAGACACCAAACUGCACACACUCAGCGUGCUAGUUCCCCCCACCAUUGAGAAAGGGGCCAAUGGAUCAGGGACCUUGAUAAGUGUACCAGGGGAGCUGGUGACCAUGGCAUGCCCAGCCCGAGGCUCCCCACCAAUACAGAUUAACUGGCUGAAGGAUGGCCUCCCUAUGCCUCUGUCCCAGCGUACCCAUCUCCAUUCCUCAGGCCGUACUCUCAGGAUUUCCCAGGUACAGGCAGCAGAUGCAGGAACUUACACAUGUGUUGCCUCCAGCCCUGCAGGAGUAGCCGAGAGAACCUUCAGUUUACAGAUUCAUGUUCCCCCUGUGCUAGAGCCAUCAGAGACCAAGGACACCAUGGCUGUAGUGAGGGGCUCAGAUGUCACACUGCCCUGUGAGGCCAGAGGAACGCCCCUGCCUGCAGUGUCUUGGCUCAAGAACGGGGCAUCCUUGAUGAUCCAGAGCCCAGGCCUAGGGACGGGCACCAGCCUGCAGCUGGAGGCAGUGCAGGCUGAUGACGCAGGGACAUACUCCUGUGUGGCUGUCAAUGAAGCUGGAGAGGCAACCAGACACUUCCAGCUGGCUGUAAUGGAACCCCCCCGGAUUGAGGAUUCAGGCCAGGCUGCAGAGAUGCUGCUGCUUCCUGGUGCCCCUCUGGAGCUUAUCUGCAAUGCCCUCGGUAGCCCCACACCCAACAUCACCUGGCAGAAGGAUGGGCAGGCCGUGGCCAGGCUAGGGAGUGUCACCAAGGAUGGGCGAGUCCUCCGAGUGGAAGGUGUCCAGGCAGAUGAUGCUGGCUUGUAUACCUGUCUGGCUGAGAGUCCUGCAGGGGAAGAUGGAAAAAACUUUUUGGUUAGGGUACAGGCACCUCCAAACAUUGUUGGGUCCCAUGAAACUCAAACCGUCAUUGGGCUGGCUGAUGGGCAGCUGGUCCUAGAGUGCCCAGUGGAGGCAGACCCACCACCCAAGAUUGAAUGGCACAGAGAAGGCAUUCUGCUCCAGGUGGAUGCCCACACACUGCUCCUGGAGAAUGGGCGGUUCCUUCAGCUCCAGGCCUUGGAUACAUCCGACAGUGGCAAAUACAGUUGUGUUGCCAGCAAUGCUGCAGGUAGCACCAGCCUGACCUUUGAUGUGGAGAUCCACACGGCUCCCACAAUCCAGACAGGCCCUUUGGUGGUGAAUGCUUCAGUGAACCAGACAGCUUUGCUGCCCUGCAAGGCUGAGGGGGAUCCUGUGUCCUUGGUGACCUGGAGGAAGGAUGGAGUCCCACUGGUUCCUGGGAGCUCCAGGCUGGAGUUUCUGCCAGAUGGCUCCUUGAGUAUUCAGCCAGUCUACCCUGAGGACUCUGGGUAUUAUCUCUGCCAAGCUUCAAAUUCAGCUGGCUCAGACCGGCAAGGACGGGAACUUCGGGUCUUUGAGCCCCCCACCAUUGCACCUGGACCCUCCAACCUGACACUGACUAUGCACAGCCAGGACACCCUGCCCUGUGAGGCCAGGGGCUCCCCUAAGCCCCAUGUGGUCUGGAAGAAGAAUGGACAGACAUUGAGCUUGGAUCGACAUCAAGGGGCUUACCAGCUCCUGCCUUCAGGCUCUCUUGUGCUUACUGACCCUGAUCUUCAGGACACAGCCCAGUUUGAAUGCAUAGUGAGCAAUGAUGCUGGAGAGGCCCAGCGGCUAUACUGGGUCACUGUGUAUGUGCCACCUACUAUUGCUGAUGACCAGACAGACUUCACUGUCACCAAGAUGGCGCCAAUAGUCCUGACCUGCCACUCCACCGGAGUGCCAGCUCCAGUUGUUUCUUGGAGCAAAGGGGGAGCCCAACUGGGACAACGGGGGAGUGGCUAUCGUGUCUCUCCCACAGGUGCCCUAGAGAUUGGGCAGGCUCUGCCUAUCCAUACAGGCCGCUAUACCUGCACCGCUCGGAAUGUGGCAGGGGUGGCCCACAAGCAUGUCAUCCUCACCGUGCAAGCCUCUCCAGUGAUAAAACCAUUGCCUGGUGUGGUACAUGUGAUGGCUCUAGCAGAUGUGGUUCUGCCCUGUGAGGCCACUGGCAUUCCCCGGCCAACCAUCACCUGGCAGAAGGAAGGGCUUAGCAUCCCUACAGGUACUGGUGCCCAGAUUCUGCCCAAUGGGCAGCUACGGAUAUCCCAAGCUAGUGCAGAAGAUGCAGGCAAUUACUUGUGCAUUGCCAAGAACCCCUCUGGCACAGCUCUGGGGAAAACUCGACUUGUGGUGCAAGUCCCUCCCGUGAUCAAGGGUGGACACUCUGACCUGUCAGCUGCUGAGGGUUCCCAGGCCCUUCUGCCCUGCACGGCUCAGGGCAUCCCUGAGCCCCACAUCACCUGGAAAAAAGAUGGGUUUAUUGUGUCCAGUAUGGAGGGGAAAUAUGCCAUCCAACCAUCUGGGGAGCUGCUAGUGAAGAAUUCAGAGCGGCGGGAUGCAGGGACGUACACCUGUACUGCAGAGAAUGUUGCGGGAAGUACCAGCCGCCGAGUGCAUCUAUCCAUCCUGUCCCUACCCACCUUUACCACACUACCUGGGGAUCUGAGCCUCAACCAAGGGGAGAGGCUGUGGCUACGUUGUACUGCCCGUGGAAGUCCCACUCCCCACAUCAGCUGGAUGGUCAACAACAGGCUGGUCACAGAGGGCGUGUCAGAACAGGAUGGGGGCAGCAUGCUUCAGCGGGCAGCCGUCACCAGGGAGGACAGCGGCACCUAUACUUGCUGGGCAGAAAACAUCGUGGGCAAAGUCCAGGCUGUCAGUUUUGUCCACGUGAGAGAGGCACCAGCUCUGCAAGGUGACGCCUCCUCCCACCUGGUAGAACUUUUGGGCGACAGUGCCCGAUUGGACUGUGCUGCCCGUGGUGACCCAACUCCUAUCAUCCGCUGGCUCAAAGAUGGCCUGCCAGUGCUCAGCAGCCACCAUAGGCACCAGCUGCACAAUGGUUCCUUAGCCAUCUACAGGACAGUGAUGGAAGAUGCUGGGCGUUACCAUUGCCUGGCAGAGAAUGAAGUGGGUGUGGUGGAGAAAGUGGUGACCCUCAUCCUGCGGAGUGCCCCCAUAUUUGUAGUGGAGCCCCAGGAUGUGGUGGUGAGAGCCGGCGGGACUGUGGUUCUGCUGUGCCAGGCGGCAGGAGAGCCGGCCCCCACGGUGGAGUGGACCCAAGCGGGACGUCCCAUCCAGGUCAGCCAACGGCUCCGCACCCUCCCCGAUGGCAGUCUGCAGCUCAAGGGCGUGGAAUUGGAGGAUAUGGGGGAGUAUGAGUGUGUUGCUCAUAACCUCCUGGGCACUGCCACUACUCAGGCCUUUGUGGCUGUGAAAGGAGAGCCUCGGGGGAGCCGGGGCAGCAUGGUCGGUGUGAUCAAUGGCCAGGAAUUUGGCGUGGCCUCUCUCAACACCAGUGUUCUUCAGGAAGCCGACGAUGGAGCCAUCACAGUCCAGAGCAGCAUCAGCAACAUCCCCCCAGAUGUGGGACCACUGAUGAGAAUUCUUGUGGUUGCCAUUGCCCCCAUCUAUUGGGUCCUGGCUGGGCAGAGCGGGGAGGCUCUGAAUGGCUACUCUCUGACCAGGGGUAAUUUCAGGCAAGAGUCCCAGGUGGAGUUUGCUACAGGGGAACUGCUCCACCUGACCCAGGUGGCCCGAGGUUUGGACAGAGAUGGCCUACUCCUCCUUGAUAUGGUGGUCAAUGGCUUUAUCCCUGAGGUUUUGGCCACAACCCAGCUGCAAGUGCAGGAUUUCCAUGAACGCUACGUGCAGAUAGGGCCUGGUCAGCUAUAUGUGGGCUCCACACAGACCUUCUUGAGGGAUGGAGCCCCUACUUACUUCCACUGCAAUCACACAAUCCAGUAUGACUCUGCCCUGGGUCCACAGCCCCAGCUGGUCCAACACCUUCGUGCCACAGAGGUCAGUUCAGCCUUUGACCCUGGGGCAGAGGCUCUCCGAUUCCAGCUCACCACAGCUCUCCAAGCAGAUGACAAUGAAGCUGGCUGCCCUGAGGGUUUUGUGCUGGAUUCUCAACAGGCCUUUUGUACUGAUAAGGAUGAAUGUUCCAGUACCAAGAGCCCCUGUUCUCACACCUGCCAUAACUCCCUGGGCCGUUUUUCUUGUUCCUGUCCUGAUGGGUAUGCCUUGGCCUGGGACAACAGGAACUGCAGAGAUGUAGAUGAAUGUGCAUGGGAUACCCCUGUCUGUCAUGAUGGGCAGCGCUGCGUGAACCUUCUCGGUUCCUACCAGUGCCUCCCCCACUGCAAAGCGGGCUUCCAGGCAACAGCUGAUGGAACAGGCUGUGAAGAUAUUAAUGAAUGUCAAGAGCACAUGGAUGAAUGUCGCUACAACCAGAUCUGUGAGAACACUCUUGGAGGUCAUCGCUGUGCCUGCCCUCCAGGAUACAGAAGCCAGGGUCCUGUUCGUCCCUGCUUGGAUAUUAAUGAGUGCUUGCAGCUACCUAGGGUCUGUGCUUACCAGUGCCAAAACCUCCAGGGCAGCUAUCGCUGCCUGUGUCCACCAGGUCAGGCAUUACUCCAGGACGGCAAGGCCUGUGCCAGACCAGAAAAGAUGGAAGGCAACCUUACCACUGUCAGUCACCAAGGAUCCUUCCCAGUCUGGCUUCGGCCCCGAGCCCGAGCUCACGGGAGCUCCUACCAUGCCUGGAUCUCUUUCCGGCCCAUUGGAAGUCCCCUAAGCUCCAUUGGUAGGACCUGGUGCCCACCCGGUUUCACCAGGAGGAACGGAGCCUGCACUGACCUUGAUGAGUGCCAAGUGAGGACCCUGUGCCAGCAUGCCUGCCGCAACACUGAGGGCAGCUACCAGUGCCUUUGCCCAGCUGGGUACCGCCUACUCUCCAGUGGGAAGAACUGUCAGGACAUCAACGAGUGUGUGGAGGAAGGCAUCAAGUGUGGCCCCAGCCAGAUGUGCUUCAACACCCGUGGUAGUUAUCAGUGUGUGGACACGCCGUGCCCCACUAUGUACCGGAGGGGCUCCAGUCCUGGGAUGUGCUUCCGUCGCUGUGCCCUCGAUUGCAGCUCAGGUGGUCCCUUCACCUUGCAGUAUAAGCUUCUCACUCUCCCCUUUGGCAUCCGAGCUGAUCAUGAUGUUGUCCGCCUAACAGCCUUCUCGGAUGGGGGUGUCCUGCCCAACCGGACAGUCCUGACAGUGCUAGAGCCUGACCCCAGCAGCCCCUUUGCCUUGCGAGAACCUCAGGGUGGACAGGGUGCCAUCUACACCCGCCGCCCCCUCACUGAUGCUGGUGUCUACCGCAUGAAGGUGCAAGCGGUAACCUAUGGUGAACAUCGAGUACUCCGGUACCAGAACAUAUUUGUCAUUCUCAUCUCAGUCUCACCUUAUCCCUAUUGAGGGAUUCCUAGAGCAAGGAACUCUGGAGUCCCAACUACCCCAGCCUCCCCUCCCCUCCCUUGGCUCUUCCAUUCCAUCAAUCAACCAGUAAACAUUUAUUAAGUACCUACUAUGUGCCAGGCACUGUGCUAAGUGUGCUGAAUGUAUUCGUUCCAUGAUCAGCUGUGCCCCAGAUCCUGGGCUUGGUGCAGAGUAUGGCUUCUCCCAUUCACAUUCAGAAUACCUAUUAAUUCCCUUGGUAACAAGGCAGCUGGGCCUUGUCUGGCCUCCUACCUUUGUCCCUUCCAUGAAACUAAUUCUGCCUGGAUCCCGUCAUCAUCCCCUCCCCCAAUCAGAGAUUAUGUGACCAAACACUAUGGCUGUUGGUCCCAGUCAGCUCAUAUGGCUGAAGGUGACCCCACAGGACAGGUGGGGGAUUCUGAGCCCUCGGUUUUCACAGUGAAGAGGAGAAUUGACUUUCUAAGUUGUGACUGAAGAUGCCUUUGUACAGUUGUCCUUGGUAAGGGGUGGGAGAGACAGACCUUGGAGGCUCCCUGGGCCCCACCCCUGCUGACCCUGGGGUCCUUGAAGCCUGGAGAGGCUCUUGCUGUUUCUCACCAAUAUCAGCUACUCUUGCAACAGGGGCUCCAUCUGGCUAUGUGCGUCAAUCCCACAUGUGAGGCCCUUCAGUAAACAAAAUCUAUAUCUGUGGCCUUGACCCUCUUGGGUAUGGACAGAGAAUGUGAGCAAAGAGGAUAAGAACCAAACACAAAGAUGCCAAAGUGUUUAGAGCUGGAAACAAGAAGGAUUUUGGCUCAACUCAGCAAAUAAGUCAGGACUCAGGGACUGGCUCCUCAGGUCUCAGGAGCAUUCGUGUCCACCCACAGAGAAGUCAAAGACUUUGUACAUGGGCCCAAGGUCUUCUGGGUCAUGGGGGAGACCCAGGCUCAGUGCAAAGUAUCCAUGGAACAAGGAAGGCUAAGGAGAGGAGGAGAGGCCUGGCCUACGUCCAAAGAGGCUUGAUUACUUACCAGCCAGAUGUUUUUAUCUAGCCACAUCUGGCAGCUUUGCGUACCAUCUUAAAUGAAUAAAAUUAAAUAAAAGAUACGUUAUUGACAAA